AAUCUUUAUAUAUUAACAGAUCUGCAUCUGCUAAUGAUAGUGAACUCAAUGUUGAAUUAUUAAUUAAGAACUUGAAGAAUAUAAUAAUGAAGAAAUUGUCUGUGUCAUAUGUAACUGAGUCUCUUAUAUUUCUCUCUAUUCUCUCUGUUUCUUUCUCUGCUGCUUUCUCUCAAUCUUCUACAUCUGUUUCUGUGUCUGAUUCUUCUGCUCUCACUACCUCUAUUUCUGUGACCUCUACUCCUGCUACUUCUGCUUUCAUCACUGCCUUUAUUACUAGCUCUUCUCAUUUCAAGAAGAUAUUGUAUAGACUCAGUGAAUCAUGUUUCUUA